CGAAUGUAUGCGGCGUGCCCAGUUUACAAUCGCACACGAAACGGACCGCACAUGACGGCAGUGACCGGAUCGCGAGCUUUGUCGCGCGAAACCACAAGCCCCGUACGCAACAACGUGUCCCUGUUCUCAGCUCGAUGCGCCAAACGCGAAACGCGACGGAAAAGCGCCGGAAAAUUCACGUUUACUACGGCACCCACACCGAACCGGCAGCGGAUACGGACGCUUCAGCGAUUCGCAGCACUCGCAGUGCAAAACGUCACUGUCGCCCAACAACAGAGUUACCAGCAGCGGCGACAAGUGCAUCGGGAAAAAGUGACGGUCCGUGAGCCUUACAAUUUUAUGAUUUUCUGUUUUGUGUUUGUUCUGUAACGAAUCAUUUGGUUGGUUGCAACGAAGUAAAAGUGCCACGUAAAACAUAACACACGAACGAACGAACAAACGACUUCAUAUAGAGAGCGUUACGGAAACAACGCAUUGAGAAAAGUCACUCAACAAUAUACAAACGAUAUACGAACUGCGUCAAACGAAACAAAAAGCAACUUAAACUUCCGGGAGAAUCAAAUUCGGCCCGUCAUUUAGUCAUCCAACGGCUCUACGCUAGCCGGGAGUUGCUAAAAGCAACACUACCUUACAGCGCCUCAGCGCUGUUAAGCAUCGACACGCAACAAAACACAACAUGUUCAACACAAACCUCAGCCUCACCGUGCCAUCGCUCCUUAUCAUGGACGGUGGCACACCCAGGACGCCAGAGAUCCUGAACUCGCUUAUGGCCAUGACAAAUCCGCUCGAGUACUCGUACCCAGUGAACAACUCACAGACAUCACUGAACGACAGCCAUUCCAACAGCUCCGACUCUCCACUGGACUCGCCAGCCAGCCAACAACAUCAACCCCAGCAGCAACAACUUCACCUUCACACCGGCAAGACGCCGAGCGUACAACAGACAUGCUCUCAACUGAUCAAGGAAGGUGUGAAACUGCUGAUUCAGAGUAAGCGCAAGCACAGCGGUGGAGACUCGAGCGAUGGAAAUGAAUCCAGCACGCCGAAGGCAAAGGUAGCACGUCGACGUGAUCCCUCCAUGACCGAAGACCGGGAGACGAGUGAAGAUGACAUGGAAUCGAAGGCGAGUCCUCGCUCGACUGUUGCACUAACACCAGAAGACGAGGAUCGGCGGCGGCGACGCCGCGAACGGAACAAAAUCGCCGCUACCAAGUGUCGCAUGAAAAAGCGCGAACGUACGGUUAAUCUUAUCAACGAAUCGGAAACACUCGACGCCCAGAACAAGGAGUUAAAGUCGCAGGUCAGCAAGCUGGAAACGGAGUACCGGAAGCUGGUGGAGGUAUUGCAGGCGCACGGUCCCACCUGCGUCCACCAGAAGGGCUAUCAACCGCUUCCCUCACUGUCGACCAUUACCGGAAGUGGUGGUAGCGCCGGCACUGGCAAAUAUCUUAACGAUCUGAACUAUCUGGAACAGGAGCAAACGGGUCAGGGAGAAAUUAAGUACUCCGAGUGUUUGAAAUCGGUUUCCUCCAGUUCCGGCUCACCAAUGGAUAGCUUCUCCAAGCAAGACUCCGGCAACCUUCUUCCUCCCGGUUAUUGUAAGCUUUCGCCCACGGAAACAACCAGCUUCCUGCUCGAAUCACCCUCAGAAUUGCCCGGUACUGGAGAGCAAAUAUCCAAAUCGGACUACAUUCCCGGACCUGCAGUAUCGACCGCUUCGUCACGACCGAACUCCACCGCCCAACACACCACGAAGAAUGGACGAUCUAAGCCUGGACCCAAACCACGACAAUCUAGAGCGCAGAACAAAACGACUCCGGCAGCGGUAGCCACAUCCACAGCCACGAAUCUUCCUUCCCUAAACAACGCCACAACCACCACCUUCGGUAGCAAAGGGAAUCCCCUGAUUGCAGCAACUCUCAUGACGACGACACCUUCCUCCUCUCCCUCAUCUGUACCUUCUCCACUAACCGUGGGCAACUCGGUGUCGACAGUGAACGUUAUCAACCCGAUCGGAACACUUGUCACCGCAGACGAUGACGAUUUCAUACUGAAAAAUGAACUCAUCGACACGCACAGCCCUUACACGACGGUGCAGAGUGCGGAUCGGUUUCUGUUCGAUGCCACGCUCGAUCUGUACAACAACAACGCCCACAGUCCUCUUACUGCCGGGCUCAACUGCGCCCAAUCGCAUCAGCAACAGCAGCAGCAACUUCAACAGCAAUCGCAACACAAUCAUCAUCUGCAGCAGCCACAGCAACAACAGCACGGUGCAACUCUCAACAACAACAAUCCAACCAUGGUAAACGAAAAUGACAAGCUUAAUCACCUGAACGCCAUUAAAGACAACACCUCCAAUACGCUGCUCGAGUUUGGCUCGAGCUUCGAAACGCUAAAGCCCGCCACAGUAGACUAUACGCAGCAUCAACAGCAACCACAGCAGCAACAGCAACCGCAGCAACACUCCAACGGGUUGCAUCAUCAACAGCAGCAGCAGAUGGACAGUUUGUUGGUUAUCGUUGAUCCAACCCUCGGCCAUCUGCUCCAUCAUCACCAGCAACAGCAACAGAAUCACCACCAGCACCAUCACCAACAUCAACAACAGCAACAGCAGCACCAGCAGCAACAUCAACACACCCAGCUACAGCAACACCAUCAACUUCAGCACCAACUACAACAACAUCACCUGCAGCAGCAGCAGCUACAACAGCAACAACAGCACCAACAGCAACAACUCGUCCACAAUGCCCUAGAUCUGCUGGGACCGGUCGCAAAUGACUUUCUCCUAAUGACUGACGAUGAUCCGACGGAUUUCACCGACCUGGACAGUGGUAUAACCGCGUACAGCAGCAUCAACGGAUGUCUAGCGUGACCUGCAGCUUUCGAUCUGUAAACAAACAAACCUUCCACAAAGACAGUGAACCCAUCUGACCGUGACCGAGCUACUACUAGUACUACUGCUAUUACCCAACAACAUCAGAGAUCAUCCGUGUACUCACAUCCUGAACCUUAUUCCACUCUUCUUAUGUUCCUUCCUGUCUUCCAACAUGUCGGAUAGAAUAGGAUUCUUCCGUUCCGGGAAUGCUUGUGCUCUUUUUGCUACUGUUUGUGCAAUUUCGUCCAUCAAUUCAUGGUGAUUCUUACUUAAUAGAGACACCUUCCGUUUUGAACCCGAACUACAUCAAAGAUGGCGAUAUGCGAUAGGAUAUUUCUCCAGCGUUCUGAAUUGAGGUUAGGCGAUAAUAUUAUUGCACCAAUUCACAAAAGUUCCCACACAGAAACGUGUUCUUUGUGCACCAAAAAAACAUCUCUCAAGAAAUGCCCACUUUCCAAGUGUCCAGGAUUAGGAGAAAGGAAAGAAGCUACUCUUUGUCUCAACUAUACUUUCGUACGGAUAUUCCAAGCAUUGUUGAUCACUGUGAGCCUUUUUCGUAUCUUUCAAAGCUGUCCAGAAGAUUUCUUUCCAAAAUCGCCAUAUUUGUCCACUCGCGCUUGUUGAAAAUUGAUUCGCUUUGAUGCUUGCAAAUACGCAUCUACAACGGAACAAACGAACAAAAAAGACUACAACAAGUAAAUGGCGGCUAACAAAACAGCAACAAUGGGAAACAGACGGGGCGCAGCGAGAUGGCGAAAAUGAAAAGAUCGGAAAUGCAUUCCUUUUUCGUGCGUAAGGUUCAAUAAUCGUAUCUCAUUUUAUUACUAUUAUGGUACACUAUACUGAAUGUUAUUAAUAUUAUUAUUCUUAUUCCUACUAUCGACUAUUAUUAUUAUUAUUAUUAUUGCUGUGGCUAUCUUUUACCGUUGCUUUAACAUUUCAUUCUGCUCUGGCCCAUUUGGCACUUGUUUCCAAUUGUUGUAUGUUUUUGUGUAGCUUUUGGCCUGUUUCCAUCCUCCAUUUACUUGUUCAUACUCUUCUUUUCCGUUCAUACCUUUUCGGUUUUAGUUUAUUGUCGACUUUCAGCCGGACAGAGAAUCAGUUUUGCAUAUACACUGCUCUUUUGGCAAGUGUUGUGUUCAUGUCUUGUGCUUCUUCACACCAGCAAGCUAAUUUUUGUCAACCAGCAGAAUGGUUCCCCGAUUGUUUCCUUCCACACCCUUCCCUGCUCUAUCUCUCUAUACAACAUUUGAAUACUGUGGAGCCGUAUGUAUUUUUUUCUUUUUGUAAUUUUUGACGGCGUAACAUUCAGCUUGCAUGUGUACAGUCAAAAACCGCAUGGUGCGCAUUAGGUGGGUGCUAAAACGAAGGAACAAAAUGGAUGUUAAACGUACCACAUGGGAGCUGUAGGUAACGCAACCUCGCGUGAGAGGUGCGUUCCUGGCCAUACUUUAUCGUUCAAAAGGCAACACACACACUCAAAGAGGUUUCAUGUACUUUAUACUGGCAUCUUCCUAUGUUUCUCCACACCUUACUGUUUGUACUUGCUCACUCAUUCAUCUACGUCUCACCGUGCAAAGUAAAUUCAUUAAUUAAAUUACCAUUUGCACAGUGAGCUAAAAGGAGGAAGAAAUUUUAAACAGACAAAGAAUACUCGAGAAGGCUGGCAAACUAAGGCAGACAAAACAGCCGCACAAGGCAACGCCUCAAACAGGAUUUGAGGAAUUUUGAGUGUCCAUUAUUGGGAUUAUAUGCGAGUAAUUCUGAUUGAUAUACAGCGAGCCAGAAAUCUUCAAAACAUCCAGCUUCCGUUUUGUUUUACUUGGAAAUCGGCCCAAACCUCAACAUUCCAGCGCGAAAAGAUACGACAUUUUGUUCAGUGCGUCAUGGCUUAAUCCGGCAAAUUCAUUUUCAAAAACGUCCAAUGCACCGAGCACAGAGUCUAAUGCUAAGUACCGAGGAACAGAUGUAUGAGGGUCUAAAAGCAAAGCUAGUUAACUUAAUGCUAAUACUAACUAACAAUGUUUUCACACUUGUUGUAUCGUGUACUGUACGAAGGAAAGUUUCCUUCCACCUCGGACUGAUUCAGAUGAUAUCGAAACAACCAACGGAAAGUUACCAUUGUUCUACUUGCGAUUACACUCUCGCUCGCACUCUGGUCCUGAGCAUGCCAAACGGAAAGUUACCAAUCGAUUCAAAAAAGCCACAAGCUUACGUUUUCGUUGCCUAAUCCAACCGGAUGGAUUUAAAACCAUGAACCUUUAAAUGCGAGGAGAGUGCGUUUACGUGUAUUGCCCGACGGCGAUCUUUAAUUUACGGGUGCCAUACUAUUAGUGUACGUGUGUGAGCUACUACCAGCUAACGAGAGGAUAUACUACAUGCAACUACUAUUAAUCGUUUCCUCAUUCAUGACUCGUUUCUUAUUUCAUUCUAUCUACUAUUAAUCUCACUUAGCGAUUAGUGGCAAAAAACCAAUCUCUGGUAACGUCAAAUGGUUAAUACUUAUAGUCUUCCUGUUAGACGUUUCACCACACUUUAGUUGUUACUAUGAAUGUGUCAUUUGCCAAUCAAAUGCGAAUGGCCUCAAAAAACGCAUUUGUUAACGGAUUAAGUUUCUUGUUUAAAUAAUUAACACCAACCUUACUUUGACCACUUUGGCCAUACACUAUCUGUUCCUCGUGCUUCGUCGCAUAGACAUUCGACAAACAGCCCGUCAGACGCAUCACACAAUCCGCCAACAUGCUCGAGUGCUCCACCAUCGAGAUCUCUCUCCCAGUCCCCAUUUUACGAAACGAAAUCACUAAGGCACCACAGCAAAACAAGACCAAUUUAAUAUUAGCUAGAUUUGGAUAGUUGUAAAUGUACUAUUGUUAAGCAUAACAACCAACCGAAAGCUUACUGUGAAAAACUAGUAUAUAGGACAAUGAGUAUGAUAUAUAUAUAUAUAGUACUACUAUGGCCUUUAAACAAACUGCAGCGAAAACACAAUCGCCGAUCGUGCAAUGGUCGUCGUGCAGGGCACUACGACACGAGUAUAUAUUAUAUAUAUUUAUCAACUAACACUGUUGCGAGCCUUUAAGUACGGGAAAGUCUUGUCAGUAGCUGAGUUUAUAGGCGGGUUACUAAUCAACGCGGAUAAGGCCAACCAUGUUCAUCGUAUACCAUUUUAAGCCGUUCGUUCCGCCUGGAACGACCCAGAGCCUUAGCGCCGCAAAACAGAUUGCUGUGCGUUUGUGUCUUCGUUUUUACUCAGGUGGUUUGUGUUUAUUUGGACCAGUUUAGCUUCACUGGUUUUGUUCUAAUGCCUUUUACAACGCCUUCCACGGGUUUCGGUGCGGAUUUUUAUUAUCCCAUGCCGUCCGACCGGUUCGAAUAGUAACAGGAUAAAUGCAAAACCUGUGAAGCUAACAUCGAAUCCGUUCAAGGUGCCGCUUAAGCCACCACAAUCGCAUGCCUUACGUAUAAUAAAGGAGCCGAAGUGCUACUGAAAAUCGAUAUUUAAUAUUGAAGCAAAUUCACUACCCAAAACUAGAUAAAAUGCCUUCCUAUUUCCAUGAAUAGGUUAUAAUGCAUGUUGCUAGUUUUUUUUUUAACCAACAAACAAAACCGAACGACAAAGAGUCAUGAAGAAAAUACAAAAAAAAAAAACAAUGCCGACACAAACGGAAAACAAACGAGAGAAAAAUAGACAAAAAAUAUUAA